CAGGGAGCGGAGUGACUGUAGGCGGGGAGCAGCGCGAGCCGGGGCGCGCGGACGCUUUUCACCCCGCGGAGCCGCGCGCGCGCCAUGACGGAGAGACGCUGAGUGAAAAUGGCUGUUUCCUCACGAGACGCUUUUAUUCCCUUUGUGUUGAGGAAUCACCGCGCUGCGCUCUCACCGCAGGGUCGCUCACACACCGCUACACCGGCCACAGGCGCGGUCCCGGAGGUUUUGUGAGGUUCCGCACAGAGCCGUGUGUGUGUGUGUGAGGCUUGAGCACAGUGACCGUCAUGGCUGACUUGGACAAUAAGGAGCAGGCUGAGCUGGAUCAGGCCGAUAUGGAGGACGUAGAGGAAGUGGAAGAGGACGAGACUGGAGAGGACAGCAAAGCUCGACAGCUAACAGUACAGAUGAUGCAGAACCCUCAGAUUCUGGCAGCACUACAGGAGAGACUGGAUGGACUUGUGGGUUCUCCAUCAGGAUACAUGGAGAGUCUGCCACGGGUGGUGAAGCGGAGAGUGAACGCUUUGAAGAACCUGCAGGUGAAAUGUGCUCACAUUGAGGCCAAGUUCUAUGAGGAAGUGCAUGAGCUGGAGAGGAAGUACGCUGCACUCUACCAGCCUCUCUAUGACAAGCGCAGUGACAUCAUCAAGGCAGUGUAUGAACCCACAGAGGAGGAGUGUGAGUGGAAACAGGCUGAGGAUGAGGAGCUCUCAAGUGAGCUGAAGGACAAGGUAAAGGUAGAAGAGGAGAAGAAGGAUGAAGAGAAGGAGGACCCGAAAGGAAUUCCUGAGUUUUGGCUCACGGUGUUUAAGAACGUCGACCUGCUCAGUGAUAUGCUACAGGAACAUGAUGAACCCAUCCUCAAACACCUGGAGGACAUCAAGGUCAAGUUCUCUGAUGCAGAACAGCCCAUGAGUUUUACAUUAGAGUUCCACUUUGAGCAGAACGACUUUUUCUCCAACACGGUUCUCUCUAAAACCUACAAGAUGAGGUCUGAACCUGAUGAGUCCGACCCCUUCUCCUUUGACGGUCCUGAGAUUAUGGGCUGCACAGGGUGCACGAUCGACUGGACCAAAGGGAAGAACGUUACCCUAAAGACCAUAAAGAAGAAGCAGAAGCAUAAGGGCAGAGGGACUGUGAGGACGGUCACCAAAACUGUCCCUAAUGAUUCAUUCUUCAACUUCUUCUCCCCUCCUGAAGUGCCGGAGAGUGGUGAACUGGAUGAGGACUCGGAGGCCAUCUUGGCGGCGGAUUUUGAGAUCGGUCACUUUAUCCGUGAGCACAUCGUGCCACGUGCCGUGCUCUACUUCACUGGAGAGGCCAUCGAGGAUGACGACGAUGACUAUGAUGAGGAAGGUGAGGAGGCUGAUGAUGAGGAGGGAGAGGAGGAGGCAGACGAGGAAAAUGAUCCAGACUAUGACCCGAAGAAGGAUGCAAACCCACCAGCGGAGUGUAAACAGCAGUGAAUUGACGCACUGUGAUGGUGUAAAUCCUCUCCUCUGGUCCUGCAGCCUUAUGUUUUGUAUUUCUCUAUUGGUAGAUUUAAUCAGAAUUACUGAUGUGUAUGUGUGCCCACACACACACACACACACACACACACACACCUACACUCUCUCUCUCUCUCUUGCUCUCAGCAGCUGUGGCUCACUUACCUGUGACCCAUACCCCUCCCCAUGCCCCCAACACACCUACAUUCCAGAAACAUAACACCAGCCAGGGUUACUGGCUCUCUGAUUGGCCAAGUCCUGACCUGUUUCAGGAAGUCAUUGUCUGGGAAGUUGGUCAGGAUUUAGGGUACUGAACAUUCCUGCUCACUGAUUGGCUGGCUGAAUUCCUGUCAAACUUGAGUACUGUUAUUGACUCCGCCCCUACCUGGGACAAUUUCAGCCUGAUUUUUAGGUCAACAUAGCCACUGAGUGGGAGGAGCCAUGUGACAGAUAUCCAGUUAUUUCAGUACAGGUGACACUGCCCCAUGCCUGUCGUUAUUUUAAAUAUACAGCAGCACUUCCUGGGCAGUCAGUGAUUUUGAGAAAUUGUUUUAUUUGGCUGAAUCUUGACACUGACUUCCUAUCCCUUCAGGAAGUAAAUAAAUCCCUGACUGGGAAAAACUUGAAGCCUGUGAUUUGAGUCUUCAUGCUUGGCUGACUUCCUGCCACUUCCUGUUGGGACAGGUGUCAGUAGGCUCUGCCCACCUGGUUGCCUUACUGUCUGUAGUAGCAGUUCUACCAGUCAGAAAUAUGAUGGGCUCUGCCUCCAGCUGCUUUGGGGUGGGGGUCCCCCCCUUUCCUUUUUUGUAGUAGCACUUUUAAUAGUCAGGUGAGAAAGAAAAGCUCUGCUCAGAGCUGCCACGCCCAUGAUGGUGUGGCGUUAGCUCUGCCUAGCCUACAGUGAUUGGCUGAUUUCUGACUUCCUUUUAUUUCAGCCUUGUAUGGAAUUGGCUUUGCCCACACACCAUCCUGAACUGAGCACAGGCAGCAUGUUGAGGUUUAACAGGUUAAUGGUUCUAAAAAGCCCUAAACUGGAUCUGACUGGCUGGAUCCUGAAGUAGCUCCGCCUCUUUCUUUAUUGUCGCAGUUCAGUGUCCGAGUUAAGUGUAGGAUUCAGACUGAGCUUCAACACUUCACCUUCAAAUAACUCCACCCACCCACCAACAAAAACGUGUGUUUGACGGUAUGGACUCCAGUUGUUUGUGUGUGAGAAUUUCCCACAGGACUGUGUUUCUCAUGUGAGUGAGAGCUGCAGCUGUUGAGACAGUCCUCCAUGUUACAGAUGUACUAAUGUACUCAGAUGUGUACUCAUCCAAUAAACCAGUUCUAAGUGCA